CGAGUCGGUUCCGGCUGCACUUUAAUACUUUGAGGUCCGUGCAGAGAAGACAGGAUGGAAACUUUGCUCCAACAGCUGACCCGCGGCAACGCCCUGCUCCUCAUCGUCGUCUUGGGAAUCGGAGGAAGCUUCCAAGCCGGCUACCACAGCACCGAGUUGAGCUCUCCGUCACCGUACAUCCAGCGCUUCAUCAACAGCAGCUGGCACCGCCGGUACGCCGAGGCUCCGCCUCCGAGCACCGUCACGGUCAUCUGGUCCCUUGUGGUGUCCCUGUACGCCGUGGGGGGCCUCUGCGGCGCCGUCAGCGUCAAGUGGAUCACCGGCACCGUGGGCAGAAAGAAGGCCAUGAUCUGCACCAGCUGCAUCGCCAUCGUGGCGGCGGGCAUCACGCUGGCGGGCAAACGGGCCGAGUCGUACGAGAUGGUCAUCGUGGCGAGGGUUCUGUACGGCUUCUCCACAGGUUUGGGCGCCAGCUCCCACGUCGUCUACCUGGCGGAGAUUUCACCCAGAAAGAUCCGAGGCAGCGUGACCUUGACGUCGGCCAUCUUUCUGUCACUCGGGAAACUGUGCGGACAGUUCUUUGGACUCAGUGAGGUCCUCGGCCGCGAGGAGCUGUGGGACGUCGUCCUCUGCGUGCCGGCGCUGUUCUCCGCGGUUCAGGUGGUGGCGCUGCCGUUCCUCCCCGAGGCGCCCAGAUACCUGUUCAUCGAGAAAGGUCACGAGAAGGCCUGCAAGAAAGCUCUCCAGAGCCUGUGGGGCCGAGGCGACUACCGGCAGGAGAUGGACGAGAUGCUGGCGGAGCAGGCGGCCAUGGAGGCGCGCCCCCAGAGGAGCGGCCUGCAGCUGCUGGCGGACCGCGGCGUGCGCUGGCAGCUGCUCACCAUGUCCGUCGUCUACUGCUGCAACCAGCUGUCGGGCAUUUCUGCCAUCAACAUCUUCUCCUACGACAUCUUCCUGAAGGCGGGCAUCCCGACGGAGAACAUCCGCUACGUCACCCUCGGCCUCGGAGUUUCUCAGAUCCUCACCUCCGUCCUCUGCGGGCUGCUGAUCGAGCGGAUCGGGAGGAGGCCGCUGUUCUGGGGGGGUUACGGCCUCAUGGCCGCCAGCCUGGUGUUGGUCUCCGUCACGCUCAACCUGAAGGACUCCAGCCUCUGGCUGCCGUACGUUUCCGCCAGUUUGAUCUUCCUCUUCGUCAUCUUCUUCUGCGGAGGACCUGGCGCCGCCACCAACACCCUGCACAGCGAGCUCUUCGUGCAGUCGGACCGCCUGGCGGCCUUCGUCCUCCUGGGCAUGCAGCGCUGGUCGCUCUUCGCCGUCCUGGGCUUCGUCUUCCCGUUCCUGAUCGACGCCCUGGACGCGUACUGCUUCGUGCUGUUCGCCGGCGUGUGCCUGCUGGCGAGCGCCUACACCUUCGCCCUGCUGCCGGAGACCAGAGGGAAGACCAUGGUGGAGAUCGCUCAGGAGUUCAGAGCCAUCGGCGUCUGUGGGCGGUCAGAGGAGAAGAAGAGCACGGAGACCAAGUUGUGAGAGCAGGAGGCCCGCCGGGGGGGCGAGGGACCCCCCAUGGACCCCCGAUGGACCCCCAAUGGACCCCCAAUUCAAAGAACCUUUAAAGAACCUUUCAAACCAGGAUUCUUUAAAGAACCAUUUCCUGAAAGAGUUCUUCAAAGAACCUAUAAAUGAGUCUCAAAGAACCUUAACAAAUGGUUCUUUAAGGCACCAUUUAUGGUUCCACAAAGAACCUUUCAAACCAGGGUUCUUUAAAGAGCCAUCUCCUUAAAUACUCCUUCAAAGAACCCAUAAAUGUGUCUCAAAGAACCUUCAACAAAUGGUUCUUCAAGGCACCAUUUCUGGUCCCUCAAAGAACCUUCACGCUGAAGCUCAGCUGUUGUGUUUGUCAAGUGGAGAAGAAGAGUCAGUAUCACUGAGUAAUGACCAGUACACCUGAUGACCUUUUGACCUUCGGUUUGCUAUUGCUGGUCUCCAGAGGUUAGUCAGACCGGACCGGGCUGGAGCAGCGACAUCGUGGAGCGAGUGAACUCGAGCAAAUGACACGUUACAUAAUGAAUUCAAUAAUGUUUCCAUACUUCAUCCUCACAAGAGUUAUUGUGUCAUCCUAACGUAUACAGAGUGUGUGUGUGUGUGUGUGAGCGACUUCCUGUUAAAGGAACUGACUCUUGUUGUUUUUCCCUCUUUUAAAGGACACCGUGUUCCGUGCCACAUGUAUCGUCUUGCUCGCCUCAGUGUUUGUUUAGCACCGCGUCAGCAGUUUUCUGCACCUUUAAAACAAGAACACACUCAGCAGAGUUGCACACUGGACAGUUUCCUCCUCGGGAUAUUUUUCCUCCCUCUAUCCUCCCGGGCCUUUAACAUAUUUGGGUGUUUGAAGGUCUCCAGUUCCUUAUCAGUGUGCAGCAGCUGCUCCCAGCCAAUGGGAGCCGCGAUGGAGGCGUCGUGGCUGCACGAUGUCCUGCUGUUGGCCUCGUGAACUCGGAGCCGGAGGACGGCGUUGGAGAAGCUUCUGCUUCCCUUCUGUUCAUUUUUCUAUUUUUAUUGGUUACCAAAAUGCAAAAGAGUAAAAUAAAUAAAUAAAAGGAUUUUGGU